AUGGGAUUUUUGACAGGUGUUCUCAGUAACAUCCAAGGCCAUUUAGGGCAGCAUAAUGGACAAAUUAAUGAAGCAAUUGAAGCUCUUAACAAAAAUAAACACGGCGGUAAAAAAGGUUUUAAUAUUGCGAUUGGAAAGGUGGUCGAGGGGGUGCGGGGGUAUAAUGAUGGUGUCAUGAAGUCUAAUAAUAAGGUAAGUGAACCGAUUAGGAAGUUUUAUGAUUACACCAAUUAUUUAAUUGAAGCUAUUGGAAUGUUCAAUGAUCACAAUGAUAUCAACCAGAUGAACAAUAAAGUUGGCGAGUGCCUUGAGUGGGCUAGUGACUAUGUCGAAACCAUGAAGGGGGAACAUGAGGAGUUGGAAUCUUCUGUGAUUUUGGGGGAAACUUUGAGAAACGUGUUUUCUCGGGUUUAUCACAGAAAGGAAAUUUUUCCGAUGUCACUGGGGGGUGUAUUGAAGGCCAAAAGUGUGGAAUUAAAGCGGCAACAUCGCGAGGCGAAAGGCGGCCACACAGGCGCGCUGGAUAGACGAACAAGGUACCAAUGGAGAGCUCACAAGAAGUGCAGCUGA